UUGAAACAGUGGUGUUUUCAAGAUGUUUUACUACAUUUUUUUCUUGUUUAUAGUUAAAAAUAAUCAAUGAAAGCAAAUUAAUGUGAACUACUCGCAUUCUUAAAAUGGCAUGCAGUAAAGAGGAAAUUGAAAGAAAGCGUUUAGCUGCGUUAGAAAAAAUUAAAAACAAAUUAUCCCAAUCAGCGCAGCAAAAUGUAAAUAAAUCGCCAGGACCUUCUUACACAAAUAACUUUUCAAGAUAUCCAAGGGAUAUUUCUAACAGUAAUGCGUUUCAUCCAUACACGAGAAACGAUAAAAACAAUUCAGUUGAAAGUUAUGUGCCUGUAACAAAAGUUGUGAGUGGUACAGUAUACUUAAUAUCAGAGGAUCGUUUUGAAGUAAAUCCAUCAGAAUUUUGUACACCUUUAAUAAAUAUCUUCAAAACAAUACCAUCUAAAAGUUAUGAUACCAAAUCAAAAUUAUGGAACUUCUCAAUACAUGACUAUGAACAGUUGAUGUCUAAAGUAGCUCCUCUAGCUCCACAUAUAGUGUUGGGGACCUUACCACAUUAUGUUUUAAAGAUACUCAAAGAAAAUAUUGUGAAUCCCAAUUCGAUAGACUUAUCUCCUAUAGAAUCAACAUUAAGAAAUAAAUUAAUGCCUUUUCAAGAGGAUGGUGUCAGAUUCGGCAUAGCACGGCGCGGGCGCUGUAUGAUAGCAGAUGACAUGGGAUUGGGGAAGACAUUCCAAGCUCUCGCUAUAGCUGACUACUAUAAACAUAACUGGCCUCUUUUGAUUGUCACUACCUCGUCUAUGAGACACACUUGGCAAAGUAAAAUCCACGAAUUAUUACCCUCAGUUCCAAUGAUGAAUAUAGUAACUCUAAUAACUGGUAAGGAUGCUCAAAUGGUUGCCGAUAGACAGACGGAAGUUGUGAUUGUGAGUUAUAAGAUAACAACUAUGCAUACGGAUCUUUUGAAGAAUAAGAAAUUUGGUGCUGUGAUAAUUGACGAGUCGCACUACCUCAAGUCGCACAAGGCCCAGUGCACGGUAGCACUACUGUCUAUAUCCCGGCAAUGCUCCCGCGUGAUACUGCUCAGUGGAACACCAGCUCUCAGUAGACCGGCUGAGUUGUAUACGCAGCUGUCCUUGAUAGAACCGAAGAUGUUCACCUCAUAUACGGAAUAUGGUAAGAGGUAUUGCGCGGGCAAACAGACGAACUUCGGGUGGGAUAUGUCGGGACAGUCUAAUUUAUCUGAACUGCAGAUCAUUUUGCAGAAAAGAUUCUUGAUACGACGCACUAAGGAACAAGUUCUUACGAAGUUGGAAGAAAAGACCAGGGAAACGGUUAUACUUGACCAGACAUUACUGCAAUUCAGCAAGGAGGAGCAGCAAGGCCUCAGCCAAAUGGCGGAGGCGUACACGCGAAGCAAGCCGACGGACAAACAUGCAGCGCUUAUCACGUUCUUUAGUGAGUCCGCUGCGAUAAAGAUACCCGCAAUUUGCAAAUACCUAAAACAGUUAUUGAAAGAGUUCACGGGCAAGUUUUUAGUAUUCGCGCACCAUCGCAACGUCAUAGAGGCGAUAUGUUCUACUCUAGAUGAAAUUGGAAUACACUAUAUCUGCAUAGUUGGAUCGACUCCUGCGCACACAAGAGCAGAUCUCGUAGAUAAAUUCCAACAUAGUCCGACAUGUCGUUGUGGCGUGUUGUCAAUAACAGCUGCAAACUCCGGACUCACACUGACUGCCGCUGAUCUGGUACUUUUUGCCGAAUUGCAUUGGAAUCCGGGGAUUUUGUCACAAGCGGAAUCUCGCGCGCACCGCCUGGGCCGCGCCGGCGCCGUGUGCGCGCGCUACCUGCUCGCGAGCGGCACCGCCGAUGACGUCAUGUGGCCGCUGCUGCAGGACAAGCUACACGUACUAAACAAUGUUGGCCUCAGUAAGGACAGCUUCGAAGAUACAACAGUUAAACAUCAGGAAAGUAAAACGAAUAUAACACAGUAUUUGUCGCCAUGCAGGCCGAAUAAAAGUAACUUUAUACCAGGAACAAAUAUAAGGAAGGAGUCGCAAAAUGUAUCUCAAACAAACGGACAAACAGAUAGUAUAGACAAUUUCUUAGAAGAUGAUGAAGGAGACGAAUUAUUAGCAAAUUUCGAUUUAUGAUUGUAAAUUAAAUCAAUAGCAGUUAAUGAUAUAUGAGAUCUUUUGUUCUUGCUUCUAUAUUUUCUUUCAUAUGUUACAAGUUAAAUUAUUGAGGAGUUGAUAAAUAAAAUAUUUUAAAG